AUGUCUGAUUAAGAAAGAAACAUUAAUUAAAUUUCAGAUAAGAAUAUAGAGAAUUUAACUAAAUUAAUACCAGAUUCAUUACCUGAUGAAAUGAAACAAGCAUUAAAAUCAUCAGUUGAAAAUUUAAUUAAGGAAGAAGCUGAGUUGUCAUCUAUUGAGGAAUAUGUUUCUAAAAUGAAUUCAGAUGAUAUAAUUAUAUCAUAUUAUGGAUUAAAUAGAUGUAGAAAACUAUUAAGUUACACAAAUUUAGCAUAGCCAACAGAAUCACUGAUAGAAAUGAUUCUUCAAGCUAAUGUUUUAAUAAAAAUAUCUGAUAUUGCAAAAAACAAUAGUGUUCCUUUAUUAAAAUAUGAAGCACUUUGGAUUAUUUGUAAUAUUGGAUGUGGAACUUAAAAGUAAAUAUAAAAAAUUAUAGAUAAUGAUGGAAUUAAUAUUCUUUUUUUAGCACUUGAAUCUGAAUAUGAUUAAAUUAUUGAAUUAGGAGUUUGGGCUUUAGCAAAUAUUUCAGGUGAUAAUAUUUAAUUUAGAGAUAUGCUUAUAAAUAAAGGAAUAGUUUAACCAUUAAUAAGAUUAGCAUAAAUUUAUAUGUCUGGUAAUUUUUAAACAUUUAAAACAAUUGUAUGGGCUAUUAGUAAUUUGGCUAAAGGUAAACCAACUACAACAAUGGUAUAUAUAUGAUUAUAUAAAUAGUAUAAAAAAGAAUUAAUAUUAAUUCUUACAGAAAUUAUAAUGAACAUCGAUUAAGAUGAUGAAUUAUUAAUAGAUGCUAUUUGGGGUUUAAGUUAUUUAAGUGAAGAUGAUAUAUAUUUUAAUUUAUUCAUUUAAACUGGAGUUAUUUUAAAAUUAUCUUAACUACUUCAUUAAUAAAAAUAAACUCUUAUAAUACCUUCUUUGAGAAUUUUAGGAAAUAUUCUCACAGGCAAUGAAGAAUAAACAAAUUAAGUUUUAUAUACUGGAAUUCUAUAAAUUUUUGAUAACUUAUUAAAACAGAAUUUAAAUAAAAAAAUAAGAAAAGAAGUAAUUAAUUUCUUAUAAUAUAUAAGAUUUGUUGGUCUCUGUCAAAUAUUGCUGCUGGUACACCACAUUAAGUUAAAUAAAUUAUUAAAAAUGAUUCACUUUUAAAAUCUAUAUUUCGAUAAUUAGACUCAAGAAUUCCUGAAAUCACUAAAGAAAUUGCUUUUUUCUUAUCUAAUACAGCAAUCUAUGCAGAAUCAUAAGAUUUAGAUUAUCUUGUUUUAUCUUAUGGAUUUAUUUAAAAAUUAGCUAUGCUUUUAGAUUCAGAAGAUAAAACUGUUAUUCAAACAAGUCUCGAAGGAUUUUAUGAAUUUUUAAACAAAAGUAAAUAGAUUUCUUAUUAUAAGUUAUCAAAGAUUAAAGAAUUUAAGUUUAUAAAUAAUUAAUUAUUGAUUCAAAUAUUAUUGAAAAAGUGGAAAUUUAGUAAAAUCAUCAAUCUUCUGUAGUUUAUGAGAAAGCUAAUAAGAUUUUAGAACUUUUAGAACCUGAAUUUCAUUAAGAUGAUAUCUGA